AUAAAACAUUACUCUAAUUGAGUUGUAUUACCCAACCAAAACGCCAAAACACAACCUACAAACAAAUUCAGAGCCUCAGCCGACGGAAAAAAGCAAAUUAGAGACCAAAAAUGGAACUGGAAGAGGCGAAAAACGCUGUGCAUAUUGAAGAGCAGGAAAAGAACCCCAUAUUGCUUCUUCUCUCGAACCUUAAACUUCCCUUCCCACUGAAGAAAAAGAAUGGCGGCAGCAGCGGCGCCACCUCCUUGGAGCAAGGCGCCGGUUCUUCUCAAACCGAGCGGCCGACCAUGGCCGAGGUGGGAAACGAGAGCGAUAAGCCCGCUAUUGUCACUUUCCCCAGACAAAGCUUUACUUCUUUGAAGCUGGAGGUCGAGACUGAGGUAUCCGACAGGAGUACUAAUCCCCUAUUUCUGUGGCAGGUAUACGCUAUAGGGGGGUUUUACGUUUUGAGGUGGGCAUGGAUGAGAUGGAAUGAAGGGAAGGGACAGAAAAAGUCAGAUAACAAUCCUCCACCAGCCAAUGAUUAAGCCUUUUAUCAUUCCAUGAAAUGGGAAGUUUUUGUUACUUAUAAUUAUUGUGCACUGUCUCAAAAAGAGAAAUGUUUCUCACUUCAUAAAUGAGAAACAUCAAGGUUUUAUUAUGUCAACUGCAGAUAAUAAGCUCAUUCGUGGUUCCUAAUUUCUUAAAUUUUUAUUUCUAUAUUUUCGUUACUUGCCAUGACUUUGUUGAGUUGUUACUCUUGUGAUUGGUAGGUACNUCCG